CGCUUCGAGUGGACAAGAGAUUUUUUCACUCUUCGGCAAGUGUAGGUGGGAAAUCAAGCAGCGCAAAUGGCGGUCAACAAGCGCCUGGUAAUUAUCGGUAUCGUGGUGCUUUGCGCCGUGGUGGGCGCCAUCGUGGGCGUUCUCGUAGCCACCAAGUCGGACUCGUCUUCAACGUCUUCUGAGGAAUCUGGCAACUCAAGCGAUUCGACCUCCAGCGGCGGUGGCACCAGCUCGUCCACCAGCAAGAAAUCGUCCAAUUCAUCAACGGGCAGCAGUUCCGUCACAGCCACUGUGACCUCCGACCCGACCUCAGUGACAUACUCGCUUGCGGCUUUUGCCAUCGGAGAUUGGGGAACUACCGUGAACAAGGACUCGUGCUGCACGCGUUCUGAAACAUACAACAACUACGAUGUUGUCGCCGAAGAUGUCGUGUCCAGCCUCAUGAACACGCAGGCAGGUGCAGCUGAUGUCAAGCCUAAGGCCAUUCUCAGCCACGGUGACAAUUUCUACUGGACAGGCAUCAACAGCGAAGAUGGACGUGACUCCCGUUUCACGACCACCUUUGAAGGCAAAUUCGACGGUGACAACUUGGCUGGAAUUCCCUUCAUCAACGUGCUGGGUAACCACGACUACGGUGGUGCCAGUUACAUUUGCUCCGAUGGCGACAACAACGCCCAAUGCAGCACCACGGACGAACUUAUCACAGCUCUGGAGAACAAAUUCAAGUGGCAACAGGAGUACACGAGUCCCAAUGACGACCGCUGGGUGCUCAAAGACCACUUCUACGUCUACACUAUCGAGGACUCCGACUCAGGCGUCAGUAUCGACAUCUUCAACGUGGACUCCGGUGAUGCCGACGUCCACGCUGCUCAGCAAGUGUGUUGCCAGUGCUACGGAUACUCGGAAGGUGACGACGACUCGUGCAACAGCGUCGCUCGUGGUGACGAUUUCUGCGCUGGCGGAGACACGGACAUGUAUGACACGUGCUUUGCCAAGUUCACAGAGUGGAGUGAUGAUUCGCGCAAGCAAUUGGCUGAAAAGGUGCAAACUUCCAAUGCCACAUGGAAAAUCGUCAACAGCCACUACAGUCCCAGUGUGCACUACGCCGAAACUGGUAUGAAGGAGUGGUUUGACAUCUUGGAAGGCUCUGGCAUCCACGCGUGGGUGUACGGCCACACUCACGGUGAGAAACACGACUACUCGGAGUCUCUCGGUGUGCACUUCGUCGAGAACGGUGCUGGUGGUGGUAUCCAGAAGGAAUCAGCCAGUGGACUCACCACGUAUGCGGCUGAGUAUGUCAGCAACGUUUGGACGUACACAGGUGACGAGUACGGCUUCUUCUCGUUGACGGCAUCGGAGGACUGGUUGAAGCUGCAAUACCACACAGCCGAUGACUCGUGGACAUUCGGCUCGAGCAUGAGUGCCACAACUGCUGGUGGUGUGGAGACCAAGCACUGCUGGUACAUCCCAGCGGACGGUACGAAGGGCGAGGAGUGCUCGUCGUAAGCAUUUAACCCGUUUGUUAUGAUGGAGGCGUGCCCGCCUUAUGAGUGAGUACUAAGACCUUUUAAUUCCUCGUAGAAAGGAAACACUUGUAGUUGUAGGUCAGUGAACAGGAAGAGGCACAUUCCCGACAAUCGUAUCAUUUUCAUUUUCAUU